UUUGAAAGAGUAAAAAAUCAUUGCCAAUUGUAAAUUAGUGAUGGUGUUAUUUUAACCGAAAAUAGAGGGUAUCUGUUGCCAGAGUUAGGCCUAAAAGUUUGCGUGAGUUUUGUUGAAAAAACGCCGUGCCGCUAAUUGUUUGUCUGUUAUGGAACAUCAACGAAGGCUAUCAUCGUCCAAUCAGCUCUCGACAAACGCGACACGUGACCCUGUAAAAGAUAGUUACUUGAUUGUGGCAAUCCAGUUGGAAGGCAACGAAAUUAUAGUGACGCCUUGACAAGUAUGUUUGUCAGGUGAAUUUCAGCCUUGUUUGAAAUAUUUUAUAUCAUGACCGAAAAUCACAGUUAGAAAAUCAACUAUAACGGAAAAGAAAAAAAAUGGCUUAUUGAAAAAGUAUUAACAUAGGAGCUUGCGAGAAAGAAAGCUAUAAACAUGGCUAAGAUGCUGAUAAGUCAAGUAAGGAACUUUCUUCCAACAACUGAGAAGAGCGAAAAAGCUGGAUUUGUACAAUUCGAAAAUGAAGCUACCGAGAUGACAAACAUAUCGAACGGUUCAGCAAAAACUGAGACGCAUACGGAUGAGGAGAAUGUCGAAAAAAUAUCCGCUUGGCAAGCCGGAUGGAAUGUCACCAACGCCAUACAGGGUAUGUUUAUAGUGACGUUCCCAUAUUGCGUUUUAGAAGGUGGUUACUGGGCUAUUUUUGCUAUGAUUGGGGUUGCUUGGAUAUGUUAUUACACUGGUAACAUUUUGGUGGAAUGCCUCUACGAAACUGAUGACAUGGGUAUGAGAGUAAGAGUAAGGGAUUCUUACGUGAGAAUAGCCGAAGAUGUCUGGGGAAGAAGUAUUGGUGGUCGGAUUGUUCAUACGGCUCUACUCAUUGAACUACUAAUGACUUGUAUUCUCUACGUUUUACUAUGUGGUGAUCUAAUGGUAGGACUUAUGCCUAAUUCCGAUAUGAACCUGGCGAGUUGGAUUAUGCUAUCCACGUUCCUUCUAGUACCUUGCGCCUUCCUUCGAUCCCUGAGGGCGGUUAGCUGGUUUUCAUUUUGGUGUACUGUUGCCCACAUGUUCAUCAACGCUAUUAUUAUCAUUUAUUGCCUAACGAAGGCAUCGGAUUGGAAAUUCGCCGACGUCCAAAUACGGAUUGAUAUCUGGACUCUUCCAAUAUCUGUUGGCAUUGUUGUGUUCAGUUAUACUUCUCAAAUUUUUCUACCAAGUUUGGAAGGCAGUUUACAUGACCGACGUUUAUUUAGACCUAUGCUGAAGUGGACUCAUAUAGCAGCUGCUGUAUUCAAGGCACUAUUCUCCUACAUAGGCUUCGUAACCUGGGGAUUUUCGACUAAAGAGGUGAUUACGAACAACUUAUCGAACGAUGCUUUGAAAAGUGUCGUUAAUUUGUUCUUAGUGGCCAAAGCAUUGCUCUCUUAUCCUCUUCCGUACUUCGCCGCAGUGCAGCUGUUGGAAACCGCCCUAUUUAAAGGGCGCCCUAUUACAGUGUUUCCACCUUGCUAUGAUUCAAAUGCAAACAUGACCGUCUGGGCUUUAACUCUUCGAAUAGGAUUAGUAAUUCUAACCAUGCUUUUCGCAAUAUACAUACCUCAUUUUAACGUUUUAAUGGGUCUUAUUGGAGCAUUUACAGGGAAUAUGUUGUCAUUGGUAUGGCCCUGUUGGUUUCACUUAAAAUUGAGACAAGGAACUUUAGGUCUUUGGCAAAAGACGAGGAAUUACGGAAUAAUAACGUUCGGUUUAGUCUGUAGUGUACUAGGAAUCUACGAUUCAGCUCAUGGUUUAGUUAGAGCUUUUCAGGGUCACGAGCCAAGACCUUUUCAGGGGGGAUAGGAAGAUUAGACAUCUUGCGACGCGACUCUCCUCUUAAAAAUUCCCACCUUAAAUGACAUAGAAUUUAUGUUUUAGACUAUGUAGAAAGUAUAAUAUUUGUGAUAACACCCAUAAGUGUUCAAGAAAAAAAAAAAAGAUAAUUUUGUUUAAACAGCAUGAAAUCAAAAAGAAAUAAUUAUAAAUAAAUGGAAA